CCGGGGGAAAAAAUUUAUGAGAACCCUAACCCCAAUCCGAGCUUUUAUACUUUCAUUAUUAACAACCCACUACCGGAAAAAAUGUCAUCACCUGAGCGAAACAGAACGACACCGUUGAAGAAGAAAAACCGUCACACUCACACGGCCAGCUUGCCAGAGUUCUGGUUCACAAAAGAUCCCAAAUCCCAUCCCCUCAAAAAUGCGGUCCUCAAAAUGCGUCUUCAUGCUCUCUCCAACUCCGCUUCCGCCUCCGAGACCGAACCCGAGUCCGAGUCCGAUUCCCAAGCCCGCCCGCCGCAGCGUCUUUCUUCCGCUGCUCGCUCCUGCCCGGAUUUUACUGCCCGACUCUCCGACGAGCUGUUGAUGAACAUCUUCUCCAAGCUUCAGAAUAGUCAGCUCGUCUCCAACACGCUGGUUUGCAAGAGAUGGUGCAGGCUGAAUGGGAAGCUGGUGAGGUCGGUGAAGAUUUUGGAUUGGGAUUUCAUCGAGUCGGGUCGGGUCAUUUUUAGGUUCCCGAAUUUAAUUGACGUUGAUAUUGUUCAAGCUUGCGUGAAGUCUUGUCGGAAUUCUGGGAUUUUGUUGAGUAAUAAAUUGGUUUCGGUUCAUUUGGAUUCGGCUAGGGUUUCGGGACGAGGGUUUUUGAAGAAAGGGGAUUUUUUGGAUCCCCAAGUGAUUGAUAGAGGGGUUAGGGCACUGGCUGAAGGGUGUGGGAAUUUGAGGAGGGUUGUUUUAAUUAACGUUAGUGAAGAAGGGUUGAAUUAUGUAGCUGAGGAAUGCGAAACGUUGCAGGAAAUGGAACUGCACAACUGCGAUGAUUUUGCACUGAAAGGGGUUUCUGGGUGCAAGAAUUUGCAGAUAUUGAGACUGAUUGGUUGCGUUGAUGGGUUUUAUGAAUCAUUGAUAUCGGAUAUUGGGCUAACGAUUUUAGCUCAAGGCUGUAGACGGCUAGUUAAGCUUGAGCUAGUGGGUUGCGAGGGGAGUUAUGAUGGGAUUAAGGCGAUAGGGCAGUGUUGCUUCAUGUUAGAGGAGUUAACUUUGUGCGAUCAUAGGAUGGAGGGGGGAUGGUUGGCGGCUUUAUCAUAUUGUGGGAAUUUGAAAACUUUGAAGCUUCAAUCUUUUAAGAGCAUUGAUGCGAGUCCAGGGCCAGAUGAGCAUUUGGGGUCUUGUCCUACUCUUGAAGAGUUGCAUUUAAAGAAGGGCCAGUUGCGUGAUAAGCAGGGUGCAAGAGCAUUGUUCUUGGUGUGUCAAGCUGUUAGGGAGCUUGUUUUUGAGGAUUGUUGGGGAUUGGAUGACAGUACAUUUGCUGCAACAAGUAUUUGUAGGAGUAUAAGAUUCCUUUCUUUAGAAGGAUGCUCAUUGCUUACUACAGAAGGUUUAGAAUCGAUAAUCCUCUCUUGGAAGCACUUAACAAGGCUUAGAGUAGUUUCUUGCAACAAUAUAAAGGACAGUGAUAUCACCCCAGAACUGGCAACCUUGUUUUCUGUUCUUAAAGAGUUGAAGUGGCGGCCCGAUUCCCUGUCUCUCUUGGCAUCAGGUCUUGCAGGGACAGGAGUGGGACGGAAUGGUGGUAGAUCCUUCAGAUUGUAAUGAAGGGCAGGCUUGACAGUUGAUGCUGAUCAACUGAGUUUGUUCUUAAUAUAUACUUUAGAUGACUCGGGAUGGAAUCGGCGGAAGUCUUAAUAUACAGAGUUUGACAGUUUUACGUCUUCAGAUAAACUGUCUUCUUUUCCUAUGAAUGUAUCAUCUCUUCAACUUACAGAGACAAUUAGGCAUUUUAGGUUUAUUGAUUUCAUUGACCCUGUAUGUAUGCCGCGUUACCUGUUUGCCCAAACUAUACAGCUGACUCUCUCUCACUGUACUUUAGUUGAUCUGUAACCUUGACUUUCUGUAACAGAAGCUUAGCUGUAUUGACUAAUUGUACUCAGUUCCUUGGAAAAGAAUAAACGAACGUUACACUUCAAUUUAUACA